AUGAGUGCUUCACAUUUCAAUGCCCAAUAUGCUGGCAACGACUACUUUGCCACACAACAUGGCGGUGCACCUCGCCAUAUGUCUCAUCAGUCUAUGGGACAGCCAAGAUACAAUCAUGGAGGUAUAGGUUCGCAAAACCAGGGUAACCAUCACAAUCGCAGACUUGUACAGUGGGUAAUCAAGAGAUCGAACAAGGAAGAGUCUUGGAUGGAUAUCGAUGCUGUACAAUGGUCGUACUCUACACAAACCCUCCAGGAGGAAUUGGACCGAUUAAGGCGAAAAGACAUCACUGUCCAGCGCAGCUUCGAGAAAAUGAGCACGAAAGCUAAAUCACGUGUGGAUCAUCUUAUUAGAGAACAGAACGAACAGCUCUGGAAGGUGGACCCCUCAUUGAACUGGACAAUCGCGGGACUCGAGCUCCACUGGAACAUGGACGAGAAGGUGACUUUGAUGGGUCAUCGCCGCAACAUCCUAAAGCGCAUCGACAUAUUCUUGGAGACUGAGAUUCGGCCACAAUAUCAGAAUCUUCUCUCGCAAAUGGGUGCAAACAUGAACAAUUAUGAUCGACCCAACAAUGUACGCACAGGAAAUAGCAAUAAUAUGCCCUCAACACAGCAGCCUCGUGUGCAGCCGUUCAACAACAGCCACAACAACAGCCAUCAUCAACCGUAUCACGGACCCUCCAUGAGGCCAGAAAUGGAUGACUUCGAGUUCGACGAAGACUUUAUACAGCAACCUUUCCGAAACAAUCAGAGACCAGGUGGUGAAAUGGGCAUGAACCAGCACAUGAACCAACCGCCGAUGCGUGGACAAGGCCAAUCUGGUAACUCUCAGCCGAAUAGAAAUCAGUUUGAUUCCAGAGAUGCGCGUCCCCCUCCCCCUCCUCCCCCUGUGCCCAUCCCACAGAAAGCACCCCAGCCCAUGCCUAAAGUGGAACAAUUCCCUUCGCAAAUGCCACCACCUCCAUCCCAAGGCCAGCCACGACCGCAGCCAGUGCCUCAACAGGGACAGGGGAAUCGUCCUCCAACUCAAAAUUUCCCAAAUCCCAAUGAGAAACUCGUACCAGUACCGGUUCAAGGAUCUCAAAGACCCCAAGGACCUCAAGGGAUCAAUGGACCUCAAGGAUUUAAUGGGCCUCAAGGAUUUAAUGGGCCUCAAGGAUUUAAUGGGCCCCAAGGAUUCAAUGGACCUCAACCGUUCAAUGGACCCCAAGGGUCACUAGGACAUCAAGGAACCCAAGGUGCGUUUGGACCUGAUCAAAUGCGUCGCCCUCUCACGGAGCCAAUUCAUCCCGAGAUCCUGAAGCAUCAAAAAGCCAAGCCAAAGCGGGACCAUAGGGGAAUUCCUUCGGACGACGACUUGGACGACAUGUAUGAAGAUUGCGGGUCAGCAAGUGGCCUAGAUGACGAGUCAAUAUCUGAUGGAGUUCUCAUCACUCGAGGUCGAUCUCGCAGCUUGCGACGAAGGAAGAGCAAUGCUAGAGAUCCUUUAUAUUCGCACCCGCUCAAGAAUAUGUCUCCGCAUAUUUCCCAAAACAGUAUACCCGUGCUGCCAAUGAAUCAAUUUGGUGUUCAAGAAGGCAAAGACAAGCCAAUUCAUCCUUCAGCGCAGAACAUCUACAUACAAAUUCCGUCACUGAAGGCGGAGCGAAGUCGGUCCCGCGAUCGUGUUCGCUCCCCAAGUACAUCAAGCAAAUUCUCCCACAGAAGUAAACGCCACGAGCACGAAAAACAAUAUCAUCGGUCGAGUCGAUCAUCUGUCAAUUCGCCGAGAAACUCGUAUAAAAGUUUUGACGGCCUUCACUCUGCUUCUACCUCUCAUGGAUCAUCUUCAGGGGGCAGUGUACUCUACAGCAGCGACGAUGAUUCAGCAAGAUCUUCGAUGAACAGUGCGACGUUUUCGGAGCCUCAACCUUCCCAUCGGUCACGAGAGCAGCGAUACUCACGCUCCGAUAUGGACAGCCAUCGCCGCCGGUCAUCCCACCACGAAUCUCAACGAGCUUCAUCCGAACAUGUUCAUCACGAACAUCCAUCGCGCCAUCUCCACGCACGCCAAUCACCAAACGACCAUCCUCACAAACAAGUAAAGCCGAUAAUUCACAACCCCGUCAUGUCACCGCAGCCUGCACCUCACUUUGUCAACCAGCAUGCUCCCAUGACGUCGCCUUCCAUCCGGCCUCAAAGCGCGAUGCGCCGCUACAGCACCCACUCUGCGAGGCCUAACCAAGUUCCUAUUCAACUCCAACGUGCACAUACAUUUUCUCCAUCGCAUUCUGACCUCCCAUACGUGAAUGCUCCAGGCUUGGCUCAAGGCGACGCCUUGGAUCUACACGAGGUUGCUGAAGCAGUCGAUUUGAUUCAAACGAAGAAUGCUAUUGAGAAGCUGCGACAAGCCAAGCAGAUGCCGAACCUGCAACGUGCGAACACCAUGGGAGCAAGCAGACCUUACACGGUAGAAGAGGAUGAGUGGGCAGAAGAUCCACAUUUUGUCCCGAGGCAGGGAGUUCCGAUGAUGCCUGUGAACCAUAUCCCCGCUUGGUAG